GGCAUUUACCAAGAGAACAAGAUGGCAGCCAUUUUGUGCAGUCGACUUUGCAGUCGAACAGCUACACGUUUUGUUUUUAACUCAGCCAGGCCAGUUUUAGCGUCCUGUUCGGCCACUUGUUCGCCGAAGAUUCAGAAUCAAAAUGUUCUCCUGACCAAAGCCAUUCACUCUUCAUCGUCCAAGAACAAGACUGCUUUAGAAAUUGCUCCAGCUAAUGCACCGACUCAUUGGUUAUGGGAGAGAGGUUUCAGCAUAGCUCUCCUGGCUCUCAUACCUGCGGGUAUCUUCUAUCCAUGUGCAGCUGUUGACUGGGGUCUUGCUGUCUGCAUCCCUGUACACAAUCACUGGGGCAUCCAUGCAAUACUGGCAGAUUACGUCAACAAAGGACCAAAGUUACCAACGUAUGCCAAAGCAAUAUGGCUUGUCCUCACUGUCUUACAAUUUGUUGGGCUUUGCUAUUUCAAUAUCAAUGAUGUCGGCAUCUGUCAGGGUGUCAAGAUGAUCUGGAACAUUUAGAUAUUUUAGUUUGGUUAAAUAAUGUGUAAAAAAUAUUGAUAUUCAAAAUCUUUACCUUUUUUCUUUGACAUUUGUAAGAGAAAAGUCAGUCUGAGAUCAGGAGGCAUUUUCGGUUUGGGCCUAAUGUUUUCCAGUUUUUAAACCAUGUGUCAAUCUCUUGAGAGUAUGAUUCUUUGCUUGAGUUGUAUCCAUAUUCGACAUGUGUCUUCCCAUGGGAAACUCAAGGGAAUGGCACAUGGUCUGAAAUGGGAAAACAUUACACCCAAACCAAUAGGGUCUAUUCCUUAAUUUCUUUUCCAAAUUUUAAGUUAUAGAAAUCACAGGCGACCCAUAUUGAUUUGACUAUUUUGUCUUUGUUGUGCAAAUAUUGCAUUUAAAAUGUUUGUUCGUCUAGUUCAGCGCACUUGGAAAAUAGUUAGAAAAGGUGUUGACGACAGCCAUGUUGUAGGACAGGAACGGUGGAUUUUUUUCCAUGACAAGAAAUUUUAUUUCCUAAAGGAGAAAAUUUUAUUCUACCAAUUAGACUACUACGAGCAGUACCACUUUUCUCUCUGAGUCCAGUAAGGGUGAGUGUUUUGGGAUUCCUGUGGAGGAAGACCUACUUUUCCUCUCCCUUCUCCCCACUGCAAUCUCUGGGCACAUCAGUUUUCACUGAGUCUUUCUGUUAUAGUUUUAUUAGGUGUUUUGUGUGGUCCAUUACUUGGUGUAGUGAAUACAACUAAAGAUAAUUUAUAAAAACAUAAUAUUUUACCUUCAAUGUUUGGUUUUCUUGGUGCUUUUACAACACCAGUGAAACAAUUAAUACUUGAAUAUGUAAUAGUCAAAUAGGCACAAAAGAAAACAAUGAGAAUACUGAGAUCUACCUCCUGCUGGUUUUCAAUCAUUCCCAAGGGAAUAAAAUAAAAAAAGACACAGGC